AUGUGGUACCUCAAAAGACUGUACACAACUUCUAGGACUGCUGGUGUUGGACAGGGUGCUCUCAAAGUCCUAUUCUUCGGUUCGGACCAAUACUCAUCGCACUCACUUACUGCGCUUCACUCGCUACUAAAGUCAAAUGAUAUUGCAUCACUGCAAGUGGUAACCAGAUCUCCCAAGGCAUGUGGGAGGUAUCUUUCAGAGAUCAGAGAAGUACCAAUAAUGGCUGUAAAUGAUUCACUUGGCCUCCCACCAGUUAUUAAGUGCGAUUCAAGACAAGAUCUGCUCGGACUUUUGGACAACCCAGCUGCAGACUUCAAUAUGCUCAUUGCAGUGAGUUUCGGCAAGCUUAUACCAAGACAAUUGAUCGAGGCAACCAACGGAUUGGCAUUCAACAUUCACCCGUCGCUUCUCCCUCGCUAUAGAGGCUCAUCGCCGAUUCAGUAUGCAUUGUUGAACAGAGACAGCGAGACAGGUGUUACUAUUCAGACGCUACAUCCAACUAAAUUCGACCACGGUCAUAUAAUCAAGCAAACGGAACCGUUGUCUGUACAAGAACUACUCUCUCAAGGGACUGUCAGUGAAUUUGAAGAAGAUGUACCACCAAAAGUUGCAACCUUGAUGGAUCAACUGGGUCUAAGAAGCGGCCAAUUGCUGCAACAGAUGAUAAAACAGAGAGAUUUCGAAACCAAAGAUACACCCCAGUAUGAAGCUUCUUUGGCUCCGAAGAUUACUACAGAAAUGAAACAGGUUCAUUGGAAAACCCAAGGGAAGGGCGCAAUACUAGCUAUGAACGAUGCUCUUGGGCCUUUGUUCACAUACAAAUUAGCUUUACCAAAGCGUAAGAAAGAGGUGAUGAAAAGACGGAUCAUUAUUCCUGAGAUUUUCGAUGCAGGAGAGGAAGUAUCGAUGAACCCGGGCCAAUUCAAGCUACAAGAUGAUGAUGAAACUCUAAUCAUACAAUGCAUUGACGGUCAAAUUGGCACGAAAACGUUACAAUUCGAGGGCUUUGCCGUUGAGCCAGUAGCAACUUUUGUAAAUAGACUCAACAAGAGAUGUGGUAAGAUGAACUCUGAUGAAUUUCUGCUAGAGUAA